AUGCAAGCUGCCCUUCACCCUCUCAAGGUCAGGUCGCCAGUGCAGCCCACGCUUUGCAACUCAACAACAUCGGCUCCAGCGGUCAAACCUCGAGCCUUGUACAGCUUCACCCACUGCGGAAAAACCUUUGCCCGCCCCGUGACUCUAAAGAAACACCAGCGCGUGCAUUGCCCCAAGAUGCUGUACCGCUGCCCCGAAUGUGACAAGAGUUUCGUCUGGCCGGACAACCUGAAGCAGCACCUCCGGAUCCACGAGGGGGUGCUCCUGUUCCCCUGCCACGACUGCGACAGAACCUUCUGCAACUCAGGGAACCUAGCCAAGCACCGCAGGACCCACGCCAGAGAGGCGAGAUACCCCUGCUCGGAGUGCGGCCGGCGCUUCAGCUGGCUGGAGAACCUCAAAGCCCACUGGAGGGUCCACACCGGGGAGCUGCCUUACUGGUGCCUCCAGUGCGGGAGCAGCUUCAGCCAGCUGGGGACCCUGAGGAACCACCAGAGGGCAAGGCAUUUCGACUCUGCCCCGUUUCGGUGCGAGGUCUGCGGGAAGGUUUUCAAGCUGUCCGGGAGCCUGAUCAAACACCAGCGGGUUCACUCUGAGGAGAGCCCCUAUGGGUGCCAGGAGUGUGGGGCCAGGUUCAAACGGGUGGAGAAUCUGUAUCGACACCAGUGCUCACACGCCAGGGGGAAGGAGAAGGGCAUGGAGGGGUGA